AAACAUGCCAGCUGUAAUACGUGUAAAGCGACGCAUUGAUGAAGAGCCCUUGUCGGCCUUUGUCUUGAACAGUAAAAGAAGACGCUUAGAAAACGAGGCUGAUGGAGGAAGUGGUGCGACAGCAUUAACCAACAAAGAAGAGCUGUCGACGCUAUUGAAAUUUGCCGGAACAAUAAAUGAACAGGAUGAUACGGCUACGACACAAUAUGCACGCCUUUCCAAGGAUGAGGCCAAAGAGCUGGUACUACGUAAAACACGCAAACCCGGUAAUAUCACAGAAAAAGCGCGUCAAGAAAUGCGUAAAAAUUUGCAAGAGCAACGUUUUCGCGUGGUCAAUUGUUUGAGGACCACAGUGGAUGACAACAGCGAAAACAAUGCCAAUGAAAAAUCCAAAGAAAUCACAAUUGUGGAUAUAGAAAAACAACAAAUUAAUGAUAAUAAGACUGAAGCUUCGACUUCGGCAGCUGCUGCCAAUACAGUUGCACCAUCACUGGCCAUGCCCUCAGAUUCGGAUACAGGUUAUGUUUAUGAUUUGUAUAUACCGGAUAAUGAACAACAUGCCGACUAUGUUGAUUUGCUGGAUGAGAAUUAUCUCAGGCUACAAUAUCCGUUUAAUUAUUACAACGAGAUUUAUGAAUACAGCAACAACAACAAUGACAACUUCGAUAAUGGCAAUUAUUUUUAUUGGUAGAAUCGAUCU